AUGCCCACAGACACAGCUAGGAUCAUUUCGGCCAGUUCUGAAAAUGAAGCCAUCAACAUCUCUGAACUAACUAGCCGGGAAGACGAUCAAGAUAAGAAUGUCGCUUUGCAGCCUCAGGUGGCCCAGAACAAAGGCCCGGCGCAAACGGAAACGAAUCAGAGCUCUGAGGCCUUGCAAGAACGAGCCCCUGCGGACAGCACGAUGGCUGCGGCGUCCGAUCCUUCAACGGCUGAUGUGGCCAGUGAGCAGGGCACAUAUAAAACUUCGCUAGGAGAUGUUGAAUCACAACUUACGAGAGAGGGGACUAUGAAAGCCGGCAGCGACAUACGCCUUGCGAUAAGACAAGAUCUGCACGCGGGCAAAAUCGAUAUUCCUGUGUUCAAGGGGCAGAAGCACUUUGAUCUCACAGCGCCGCCGCCAGGAACAUACCAAUUCCCUCCGCCUUGGCUGCCUCCUUAUCGAUCGCGAUUUCGACAGCAAUUCGAUCGGUCAUACCUACUACCGGACAGAAAUCUCCCCUUCAACAUACAGAUUAUGGAGCAUGUCAAGGAUUGGGCGGAGCUGGGCUCCAGGAUUGAAGACGACUCGAGACGAAAGGAGGUUCUGGAUCGCGUAUUCGUCACCCUGCAGAACGCCUGGUUUGAGGCAUUGCGUCUUGGCUAUGAUCCAGGUGUACCAACAGAUGGCAGCCCGAAACGUCGCCAGCGAGCACCGGCAGCUGCCGAAGCGGUGAAAAAACAACUCAUACCCGGCCAGCCUCCCACUCCUCUAAGAUCUCGUCAGAAGAAGGAUGUUGAUCCUGCGAAAGUGCCAAUCUUCGUUUCUCAAAGCUACAGAGGCUCCCAUUUAUGGGCAGUCACUGCGGGAGAGCUCGAGGAAGCUGGGGUCUCCGAAGCUCGCAUUCGACGGAGGGCAGAAGGAGACCUGGAUGAUGGCGACGAGUUGUUAGAAGAGGUUCUAGAGGAAGUCGGUGGGAUCCUAUACAAGGAGGACUGGUUCCGCACCCCUGAAGCGAAUUCAUGCGAAAGAGACUUGUUCCUCUACUCUCUCUUCGAGGUACAGAUGUCGCGGCGAAGCCUCGCAGAGCUUCAGGCUCUCUAUGAUGGCUUCAGCGGUCGACAACAGAAGGUGAAUACCCAGAAACGAAUCGAUGCCGAAAAAGAGCGUCACAACCACUUUUUGGCACUGGCUUUGGAGAUCAAUGGACGGGGUGGUUCAAAGUCUCCUCAACCCUCCGAUAAUAACUACCAAGAAGGAAGAGGCGAUGAUCCUGAAAGUGGCGAUCAACACGAAAGUGCUUCACUCGCCGAUGCCCUUGUCAACACUGUGGAAAAGGUCGUUAAUGAGCCGAAUGUGGGGACUAUAGUCAGCCUGUUGGAUUCCUCCGGUUUCUCAGAAGACCUCUUUGCUACGGACCAAUCGCUCCAGGACGCAUCAAGCAAUCUGGAUAAAACCAAGCAAGCACUGAGAGAUCUCAUGGUACAUGCUCGCCAAAUUGAUUCUCUGUCUACUGAUGCUGGUCAGGGUGAUGACUUGCAUGCAAACUUACAGGUAUGCGCCCAAGCGGAAGACCUUGCAAAGAAAGUCGAAGAAAGUAAGAACAUACUGGCCAAUCUACUGUCGUCGUUGAAAAGUCAGCCCGGCCGGUCGGACGUGGAGGGUCAUGGUACUGACAUCGGCACGGGUGAUUCACAACUCGACCCAAUCCUGGCUGUUCCGACAAACGAAAACCUCACAUCAGGGGGCCAUAGCUCCGGACAGAUGUGCGAGCCCACACACUCCGACAAUGCUCUCAAACGUGCCCAUAGCCCAGAAGAAGCUGAUGAUGAUACUUCAGAAGUGCCUGCGCACAAGAAGCAGAAGAUUGAGGCUCAGGCUCAGAACGAAGCACAACCCCAAAUGUCCCUUGUCGCUUCCGAGGUGGGAGAUAUUAACACCCCUACUGCACCCGCGGAGCGGCCUGCGUCCCCACGGCCUCUUGAGACACCCGGUGCUAACUUAGCAGAACGAAAGGAAGAGAUUGGGAAGCGAUCGCUGGUUGUUAAGCUUCGUGUACCGAACAGCUUCGAUCCAACGGAGCUUACCAGUGAAAAGGUGUUCUUCCAGAAGGGCUUCCGGUACCGAUACACACGUUCGUCAACCAUAGCUCAACGUCGAGCAAUGGACGAAGCACUUGAUAGCUUCGUCCGAGGCAAGCGGCUGGAUGGCAACUGGCGUUUUGGCAGGUAUGAAGCACUUUGCGAUCCCAAAGACCCAGAGCGAACCACAAUCAUCCACGGUAUUUGGGACAAUAAGGACGGCACUAGGGCGGAAGGCUCGGAGUGGUUUCACGACGGCAAUGGAGACUGCCGACCGCCACUGAUUGAACACGUUGGACGACGUGUGAUCGAAGGUGUAGACGACGAGGAACCACCCGAUCCGGGUCAUCAGGGGCAUGAGCCUAUCAUUGUGAACAAGCACCACAAGAACGUGCUAAAGCUCACAAUCAGCAAGAGAAACAAUGCCAAUAUUGGCAAAAGACGCAAAGAGCAGCCCAAGCGGCGAGCACGAACAAGUGCCUUACCAACGUCACCAUUGUCUCAGUCUGUCUCUGUCUCUAGCACGAGGGCAACCAGAUCUGCCUCUACAAAUAAACCUAGACCAAAACGACAGACGGCCAAGCGGACUACGUAUGGAUAUGAUGGUGACGGUGGCAGUGACGAUGAGUUUGUACCUUGA